CAUUCGUUUUGACACAUGAAAACUAACCAUGACAAUCUUUCUCUUUAUUUACGCACAGAAAUAAAUGCACGUGGAAAUACAAAAUUUCUUCAACACAAUUCGUAUUAACGUGCAAAAAUGUCUAAAAACAAGUUCCAUUGUUUGGUCGUUGAUACGACCGCCUUCAUAAACAACGUUGCUCUCCAGGAACAUGCCGAAUACCUCAUUACGGUACCAGAGGUGGUGAAGGAAAUCAAAAACAAGCGUCAACUGAAGCGUUUGUGUGUUUUGCCAUAUGAUUUGGUAAUUGAUGAACCGUCGCCCGACGCAGUUAAACACGUAAUUGCAUUUGCCAAGAAGACCGGUGACUAUUUGAGUUUGUCAUCAGCCGAUCUUAAAGUGAUUGCUCUAACUUAUCAACUUGAAUGUGAAUUGGUUGGCAAGGAUCAUUUACGUACUGAACCAGUGGUAUCUAAAACAAUUGCAUCAAAACAAAAGCCAGUCGAAUUGAUUGAUAAGAAUCCAUUGGCCGGUUUUUAUGUGCCACCACAAAAGGAAAAAGUUGAAGAGAAAACACGUCAGAAUCGGGAGCUUGUGGCCGACAAAGUCGAACAGGAGGAGAAAGAGGCACGCGAGAAUGGCGAGGAAGAAGGAGACGACAGUGAAACUGAGGAUCAAGGCGAAACAACAAAUAAUUUCACAGACCCCUUGGAUAAACUCAAAACCGGAAAAACGGUUGAAGAACUCAAAGAAAAAUUCAAUAAAUUGAACUGCGGUCUGGUUUCGGAGAGUGAAGCCGAUCAAAUUCUCGUAUCGGUUAAGAAUGAGAGCAAAAAAGAUGAAGAUAAUUUUUUAAUUGAAGAAAGCGAAACAGAUAGUGAGGAGGAAGAAGAAGAUGACGACGAAGAGGAUGAUGAAAGUAGCUGGAUCACCCCAUCAAACUUGGAAGAAAUGAAAAGUGCCUGCGGCAAAGACAUCAUCGAUGAUGAAAAGCAAGCCCGGGUCGCAUGCAUGUCAACCGAUUAUGCUGUACAAAAUGUACUGAAACAAAUCAAUUUAAAUAUUGCCGCUUUGGACGGUCGUAUCAUCAAGCAAAUGCGAACUUACAUCUUGCGUUGCUAUGCGUGCUUCAAAACCACCAGCAUCAUGACCAAAUUAUUCUGUCCGAAUUGUGGCCACAAAACACUAAAACGAGUUGCUGUGAGCAUCGAUGAAAAUGGCCAACAAGUGAUUCACAUCAAUUUGCGUCGACCACUCACAGCCAAAGGCAAGAACCAGAGUAUUCCGAAGCCACGCGGUGGUAAACACUCGUCGAAUCCGAUUUUGUUUGAAGACCAACCGAUUCCAAAACAGUUUCCAUCACGUGUUGCCCGAACAAAAACAAACGCAAUGGAUGAGGAUUAUAUUGCAGGUUUCUCACCAUUCGUUCUCCGUGAUGUUGAUUCAAAAUCAGCAUUGCUGCGGGCCAAAAAUGGCGGUAACAUCAAACAAUGGGCUAGAAAUCAUGCAUACCGAAACACGAAGAGAAAUUCCAAGAAAUAGCUAUGAAUUUGUGUUCAAUUCACUUCUGUUUAUUUUCAACUUAUUCUAUUUGUUAAGAGAAUUUUGUGGAAUGAAUAAACAAAUAUAAAUUACGAUAAAAAA